AUGCCCCCUCCUGUCGGCAGAUUUGGGCCUUCGGGUCUCGGCGCUCCUUAUUCCCUCCAACAAGCUCAUCUCCAAUCUCAACACCCUCACGCUCAAUCUGCGAACUCGGCUCUCCCGCCCCCUUCACUCGGCGGCCACCCUGGGUUCGCCGGUAAUCCCAAUACCAACAUCAAUCCUUUCACACUCUCUGGCGCAGGCGUUUCCAAUGGUAUGUCAGUCUCUGGAUUUGCCGGCGCUGAUGGUGGCGGUACAGGACUCGCGAGUCAUGCGGCGCAGUUGGGGUUCGCGCGGGGAGCACAGAUGCAACAGCAGCAACUACACCAAGGUCACGACGGACGGUUAGCACUGGACCCGAAGUCGGGCGCAGUGAAGUCACGGAUCCGCGAUGUGUGGAAGCAUAAUCUGGCUCAAGAAAUGGCGGUUUUAAGAUCGUUAGUGGACAAGUACCCAUACAUCAGCAUGGUAAGUACAGAUGCCUUCUGCAAUAUACAGUGCUCAGAUCUUCCGGCUACGGAUGGGGAUAUACUGUGCUACAAUCCACAGAACGUUAAUCUUUCCCAGGACACCGAGUUCCCUGGCAUCGUUGCUCGACCGAUCGGUCACUUCUCGAACAAAGCAGACUAUCACUACCAAACCCUCCGGUGCAAUGUUGACUUGUUGAAGAUGAUCCAGUUAGGGAUCACACUGUUCAACGAAGAUGGGGAAGUUGCUCCAGCUAUAUCUACCGAUGCGAACGGUCAGUCAUACGGCAACUCAAUGGUCCCAGCUCCAUGCACAUGGCAGUUCAACUUCCGCUUUUCGCUCGAGGGAGAUAUGUACGCGCAGGAAUCAACAACUAUGCUCGCCAAGUCUGGGAUUGACUUUGGUCAACACGAGAAGAAUGGUAUUGAUCCGUUUGAGUUCGGGUCAUUGCUGAUUAGCUCAGGCCUGGUGCUGUUGGAUGAUGUCCACUGGGUAUCAUUCCAUUCCGGAUACGACUUCGGCUACCUGAUGAAGAUAAUGCUCUGUUCCCCCUUGCCUGAGCGUGAGGAGGAAUUCCACGACCUCCUUAAUAUCUUCUUCCCCUCUCUGUACGACAUCAAGUACCUGAUGAAACAUGCUGGUCGCAAUCAGGCUGUCAACGACUCGCCUCUUACACCAGCCGCCAUCCAGAUCCUCACAAAUCUGGGCCAAAAGUCAGGCUUGCAGGAUAUCGCAGACGAGCUUGGUGUCAAGCGUGUUGGAAUCGCCCAUCAAGCUGGCUCCGAUUCUUUGGUCACAGGCGAGAUCUACUGGAAGAUGCGCCAGAUGGUUUUUAAUGGCACAAUCGACGAUAGCAAGUACUCCGGUCAGAUUUGGGGCCUCAAUGGACAUAUGCCUGCGAUGACCUACAACAUGGCUCAGCAAACUCCCAACCUCAAUGGGGCCACGAUUUACUCCGGAGCUGGCACUCCCAGCACCCCAAACACCGCACACCUCGCAAUGGGCGCUCACACCCCCCAACAUCCCGGCUCCGGCUAUCAUACUCCCAGCGGGAUGACAGGCAAGGCAUGA